AUGUCAACACACUCAAAUCAUCCAUUCCACUUAGUCGAUUAUAGUCCCUGACCCCUAACAGGAGCCAUUGGAGCUAUAACUACAGUGUCAGGACUAGUUAAAUGAUUUCACCAUUAUGAUAUUUCUCUUUUCCUUCUAGGUAACAUUAUUACUAUUUUAACAAUAUACCAAUGAUGACGAGACAUCUCCCGGGAAGGAACCUUUCAAGGCCUUCAUACUUAUCCUGUCACUAUUGGAUUACGAUGAGGAAUAAUUUUAUUUAUUGUUUCUGAAGUAUUCUUUUUUGUUUCAUUCUUUUGAGCAUUUUUCCACAGUAGCCUAUCUCCUACAGUAGAAUUAGGAAUAACUUGACCUCCCGUAGGAAUUAUCCCAUUUAACCCAUUCCAAAUCCCUCUUCUAAAUACAGCUAUUCUACUAGCUUCAGGUGUUACAGUUACAUGAGCUCACCAUAGUUUAAUAGAAGGGAAUCAUUCCCAAGCUACUCAAGGAUUAUUUUUUACAGUUCUUCUAGGUAUUUAUUUUACCAUUCUUCAAGCCUAUGAAUAUAUUGAAGCCCCUUUUACUAUUGCUGACGCAGUCUACGGCUCAACAUUUUUUAUGGCUACAGGAUUCCAUGGAAUUCAUGUUCUAAUUGGAACAACAUUCCUUAUAGUAUGCCUAAUCCGUCACAUCAGUCAUCAUUUUUCUAAAACCCAUCACUUCGGAUUCGAAGCCGCUGCUUGAUAUUGACAUUUUGUUGAUAUUGUAUGGCUAUUCCUCUAUGUCUCUAUCUAUUGA